AUGGCUCAGAAAGGGUACUAUCGUGAUAUGAUUUUUGGACUUGGUUAUUUUUUAGAUGUUGGAAAUUCCACAUCUCAAGUAGGAUAUUUUAAUAGUGCCACAGUUGUAUUGAAAGGAAGGAAGGAUGAGUAUGGCAAAAAUCUUGGACUAUUAAUAAUGAUUAACCUUUCAGGCAACAAACUGAUUGGUAAACUUCCAAUUGAGAUCUCGAGUCUUUUGGAGUUGGUUACAUUGAACGUAUCCGGAAACAACUUAAUUGGAGAGAUCCCCCAUUUGAUCGGUCAGUUGAAGAAGCUAGAAACACUUCAUUUGUCAAGGAAUCAGUUCUCAGGUGAAAUCUCAUGUCAAGAGUUAAGCUUUUUGAACCACCUAGACCUAUCAUACAACCAUUUGUCUGGAAAAAUUCCUUCAAGCACUCAACUACAAAGCUUUGAAGCUUCUGAUUUUGCUGGAAACCCAGCACUUUGUGGGCUUCCACUUUCACAGAAGUGUUGGCCCGGUGAACAAACACCAAACCAAGGUGGAGAUGGUGAAGAAUAUAGAGAUGAGUUCUGGAAAUGGUUUUAUGGCGCAGCAGGAUUUGGAUUUGUGGUAGGUUUUUUGGGUGUUUGCGGUUCUUUGUUGCUAAAGAAUUCAUGGAGACAUGCCUAUUUCUUGUCAUUGGAGAACAUGAAGGAUUGCCUCUACGUAACACAAUGGCUGUGCACAUGGCAAGACUGUGUAGGACGUUUCAAAGGCCCGGAUGAGCACUUCGUCUAUGGUUGCAUAGCUGUGCUGAAGGGUAUAAGCUUAACAUGCAUGAUCAGGAGUUGCAUGUUGCUUCUGCUGCUCACGCAAAUAAAAGUGUCGGGAGCCGUUUGUAACAUUUGCGUGGGUGUGCCUUGUGUGUUUAUAGGCUUUGUUUUAUCCACUAUGUUUUCAAUAAUGCAACUCAAUUUGCAAAAAAAUCAUGUGUAAUUUGAAUUUAGUUAAUGUUUUGAGUGUUACCAUCUUGAGCUAUUUGUACUAUUAACUUUGUUGUGGUUAUUUGUGGCUCCUCUCUUAGAGGCAUUUAGACAUUGUUGAA